AUGGGUGCCAAUGGAUCAGCACCUGCGGACGAUAUCCUGACCCAAGAGGCCCACCACUGGUAUACCAAAUUUAUGAAAGAGUGUCCAUCGGGGCAACUGAGCCUGCAUGAAUUCAAGGCGCUUUUGGGUCUCACUGAUUUGAAUCCACAGGCAAAUCAUUAUGUCGAUCAAGUAUUCAACACAUUUGACUUGAACAAGGAUGGGUUUAUCGACUUCUUGGAAUUUAUAGCUGCAAUAAAUCUGGUUAUACGAGGAAAAAUUGACCAGAAAUUGAAAUGGUAUUUUAAACUCUAUGACGCUGAUGGGAAUGGAACUAUUGACAAAAGAGAACUCUUAAGCAUAUUCACGGCCAUUCAAGCUAUCAAUGGCAACCAAGAAUUGACUCCAGAAGAAUUCACAAACAUAGUAUUCCAGAAGAUAGAUAUUAACAACGACGGUAAGAUUAUAAAAAAUUUCAAGUGUGGGUCCACACUUAUGGUUUUUUAUUCUAGGGGAAUUGAGUUUAGAAGAGUUCAUCAAUGGAGUGGAAAGCGAUGAAACUCUCCUGGAAAUGAUUUCAAAGAGCUUUGACCUUUCCAAUGUACUGAAAAUUAUACAAAGUGGGCGAAGACACAGCGUCUGAGACUUUUCAUAACAUAAAUGGGACUUGUGACAAGGAACCUAUUAAAUUUCAGCACUGACUUUUACAUUUCCCAUCCACUGUUCAGGAUAUAAGAAGCUCCAGGAGGAAUUGUCACUUCAGCUCCAUCUGUCAUCUGU